AUGACAUCCGUAAGGAAGGCAACACUUCAAGAGAAUGUUUUUGGUCCAAAAGGAGAACGUUUGAUCCACAUUCUGCCAAUUCAGGUAUCCGAAGAAAAUGAAGAUUACGUCUUGUGCAUUACAGUCACCAGAGAUAAGGAGGUGCAUAUCACUUUUCUAAAAGUCUUAAAUCAUGGCCUUAAAGAGACAUUCGUAACUCAGGAGGUCUGGCACUUGGACGAUCUAACACUGGUGGAUGGAAAAGAUGCAACUUCAGAUAACCCUCACCUCGAUCUACAUUUUCAAGCUGUCUACAGCUGGGAAGCCAGCAGCACGGCAGCCAAGUACGCCUUUGUAAGGAGCUUACGAAAAGUGAAUAAUGUCUACCUGCAAAAGGAUAUUCAGUUUCUGAACUUUGACGAUGAUUACAUCAAAGAAAUGAGUUUCUUUGGAGUCCCGGAGGACACUAUGUUGGUAAUACAACUGUGCUUACAGGCUUUCAACUGUAUCUGCUUGUUGGGUUCUUUGUUAGGAGCUUCACCCUAG